UAAACCCACACCACCUUCAGUUUCUCCCCCAAAAACACCAGCUUUCGAUACCCCUCUUGUCCCUCUCAAACCAACAGAAGACAAAAUGCCUGUCCCCAUCGCCGUACCAAAUCCUCCAGCUAAUGCUGAUUUGAAAAAGUCCGAAAAUGGCACCAUGCAAGAUGCAUUGGACAAAAAGCUGCAAGAGACCUCCGCCCUCAAGGAGAACGGUGAGAACAUCAAGAAUAACUUGAAAAAUGCCACCGCUGACUUUUUAAGUGGGGAAUCAAAAGUACCCACGAAAAUGAUGAAAAUGUCCGAUGGCAAAGAAGACACCAUGGUUGAUGCUGCUGUUCUUACCAAAUUGGAAGAAGGCUUCGCCAAGCUCCAAGCCUCCAACUCCAAGUCUUUGUUGAAGAAGUACUUGACCAAGGAAGUCUUCGAUAACCUAAAGAACAAGAAGACCCCAACUUUCGGUUCCACUUUGUUGGACUGCAUCCAAUCUGGUUUGGAAAACCACGAUUCCGGUGUUGGUAUCUAUGCCCCCGAUGCUGAAGCCUACACAGUAUUCGCCGAUUUGUUCGAUCCCAUCAUUGAAGACUACCAUGGUGGUUUCAAGAAGACCGACAAGCACCCUGCCAGUGAUUUCGGUGAUGUCAACAGCUUCGCCAACUUGGACCCCAACAAUGAAUUCGUCAUCUCCACCCGUGUCCGUUGCGGUCGCUCCAUGCAAGGUUAUCCCUUCAACCCCUGCUUGACCGAAGCCCAAUACAAGGAAAUGGAAGAGAAGGUCUCCAGCACCUUGUCUGGUUUGGAAGGUGAAUUGAAGGGUAAAUUCUACCCCUUGACUGGCAUGGACAAGGCCGUUCAACAACAAUUGAUCGAUGAUCACUUCUUGUUCAAGGAAGGUGAUCGCUUCUUGCAAUCUGCCAAUGCCUGCCGCUUCUGGCCCUCUGGCCGUGGUAUCUACCACAAUGACAACAAGACCUUCUUGGUCUGGUGCAACGAAGAAGAUCACUUGCGCAUCAUCUCCAUGCAAAAGGGUGGUGAUUUGGGUGAAGUAUACAAACGCUUGGUCACCGCUGUCAACGAAAUUGAAAAGCGCAUUCCCUUCAGCCACGAUGACCGUUUGGGCUUCUUGACCUUCUGCCCCACCAACUUGGGCACCACCAUCCGUGCCUCCGUGCACAUCAAGGUACCCAAAUUGGGCGCCAACUUGGCUAAAUUGGAAGAAAUCGCCGGCAAAUACAACUUGCAAGUCCGCGGUACCCGUGGUGAACACACCGAAGCCGAAGGUGGUAUCUACGAUAUCUCCAACAAGCGCCGCAUGGGUCUCACCGAAUACCAAGCCGUCAAGGAAAUGUACGAUGGUAUUGCUGAACUCAUCAAGAUCGAAAAGAGCAUGUAAGGUGUUACACCUCCAACCCCGCAAAUGUAGAGCUUACGGCUAAGCCUAAAAUCUCUGUAGCCGCUAGAUAACAACGUUCUUGGUGGCAACAAUCUCUAUAAAAAAAAAACAACAACAACAACACCUUCAACAAAUCUUUAUGCAAUGUAUGUUACUAUCAACCAACCUCCCAACAACAAAAAAUAACAUCCCAAACUGCUGUUGAUGGCAGUCGGUGUGGCCGUGUGUCCGUCUGUGUAAAUCAGCAUUUUUUAAUUUAAAUUUCACUUUCGUUUCUCUUUAAUUUAUAUUUGCGUCGAUAUUUUGUGUAUCAUUUGUUGUACCAUCUCACGCGUUACGCGUUUCUGAAGAACAAAAAAACGGCACCACCCAUCGAUCUGGCCACGCCCAAAAGUCCACUUCACCAUCGAGGACUGUUAUGAGGACAUUGCACCCUUCUCUUUGAAGCCACCACAAAUAAUUGUUUAAGUUACAGUUUUUUCUAUUUAAAAUUUAUUUAUUAAAAUAAAACAAAGAUAACUUCAAAAAAAACAA